GUAUGGAGGGAGGGGGGGAUAAAUGACAGGCAGCGAUGUGAUGGAUGGGAGAUGACAAUGCAGGGUGUGUUCUGACAUGGAGAUCGCUGGAUCUUGGUGCACACUGACAGAUCCCCUCCCCUCCCCCCGCUCGGUGGAUCCCCGGGCUCUCCCUAACCUGUACUGACAGCUCGGUGAGUGGGAGGAUCGGACGGAUCGGCUCUCCUCCUCCUCCCCACUGACAGCCCAGAGAGGAAAGCAGCCUCGGCCAUCGCAGCCACCUACCGCCGGCCACCUGGGACAUGAGCAGUCCUGGAGAUCGGAGCGGAGCACAGGGGGAGAGGAAAGACUGGGCCCGGGGUGGGGGGCAGAGGGGAUCAGGGAUCCGGGCCAGGUGGCAUUGGGAGCCAUACAGCAUGGCAGGGAGAUCAAGAUGAAGAGGAGGAGGAGGAGCAGGGAGGGGGGUCUCCAUCAUCUAUCAGUGUGCUACUGCUACUGCUGUAUAAUAUUACCAUCUGGCUGAGACCGAGUGAUGAAGGAACACAGCAGUCCUAGGAGGGCCAUGCUGUCACCCUACCUACCGCCCCGUCCUCCCUCGCCCAAUUGAUGCCUCUCGCCUCCUGCCCCCGAGCCGAGCACCGAUCAUGGGCUGUCUGCAGAGCCUUACCUGCAAGUCCCGCAUCCGGAGGGAGAACAUCACCGUCUACGAUGUGUGUGCCACCAUAGACCAGUGCCCGACCUCCAUCGAGGAGAACUCGCCCAUUGUCUUAAGGUACAAGACCCCCUACUUCAAAGCCUCGGCUCGGGUGCUCAUGCCACCCUUACCCAGGAACGAGACUUGGGUGGUCGGAUGGAUACAAGCCUGCAACCAGAUGGAGUUCUUCAACAUCUACAGCGACCUGGGAAUGUCCAGCUGGGAACUUCCUGAUCUGAGGGAAGGAAGGGUAAAAGCCAUCAGUGACUCGGAUGGCGUAAGUUAUCCUUGGUAUGGAAACACCACUGAAACUGUGACCUUAAUGGGUCCUACCAACAAAAUGUCCAGGUUCUCCGUCAGCAUGAAUGACAACUUUUAUCCGAGUGUGACGUGGGCAGUGCCUGUCAGUGAAAGUAAUGUGCCCUUACUCACAAGAAUCAAAAGAGACCAAAGUUUUACGACAUGGUUGGUAGCAAUGAACAUGAACACCAAGGAAAAAAUCAUUUUACAGACAAUAAAAUGGAGGAUGAGGGUGGAUAUAGAGGUGGAUCCUUCUCAGGUGUUGGGUAAACGGGCCAGAUUGGUGGGAAGGACUCAGCAGGAGCAGCCAAGAAUUUUAAGCCGCAUGGAGCCAAUCCCAACCAAUGCACUGGUAAAACCCAAUGCUAACGAUGCACAGGUGCUAAUGUGGAGACCGAAAAGGGGACAGCCUGUAAUUGUUAUUCCUCCCAAAUAGGAUCGGCUAUGGUUUGAUGAAAGUGUGCUCCAAAUGAAGAUGUUUUAAAGCUGUUCAAAGCUUUGAAGACAGUGCAUGGGUUCAAAGAGACUAAAAACUUUUAGCAGUAUUUAUUUAAUGUGCGCAUUUUUUUGAAAGUGAACAAAAGUUUUAUACAGUCUAUUUAUUUAAAUAUAACUGUUCUUAGUGCCUGUGGCCAAAAAAAGCGUAAAAAAAAAAGAUUGGUACUGCAGGAGCAUCAUUGUGUUGGUCAAACAUUUAAUCUCCUUUUUCAGGUUUGUUUGAAUUUCCAAAAAAAAAAACAUUUCUGUUCCGUUCAUUUACAAAGAAACAUAGAUUUAGAGUGCUCCUAUACAAUAAAGGGAAUUCAUCAAAAAGCAACAGAUCAUCUAUCUCAGAAGCCUUUUGUGGAAGCAGCCAUUUCCACCUCAUAAACCACAUGCAUAUGUUACAGGGAAAUAAAGUAGAACCUUCUCAGCUUUACAGAAAAUAAGGAUAUUGCCUUGAAAUCGAUGGCAACUUCCAUCAGAGGCUUCUUAGAUAGCUGUUUGGAUUUGUUAUAGAUUUCCUUUAAGUUGCCCAGACAAUACUUUUUGAAGUGUAAACAUGUACACAGAGGCGUAUCUAGUGAAAAUGGCGCCUAUGGCAAGCACUGAAACUGCGCCCCUGUCAAAACAUUUGAAACC